AUGGCCAACAAGGAAGAUAACAAGUCAACUUCACCGAUCAUCGCCUCUGGAAGUCGAGUAUGGCAACCAUCGAGCAGUAAUUCGCCAUCUCCAGGACUCCUGACUCCCAGCAGCAAGCCCGCGCUCCGGCAACAGAGAGACCACUCCGCCUGCAGAAUCCAGAACUCGCCGUUGAAAGUUCGGAAGACUCGCGAGAAUUUGAAGCAGGCCAGUCUCUACGCUGAUAUUCCACCUCCUUGCGUGCAUGGAUUCCAUGCCAAUGGCUCCGACUGUCAUGUCCAGCCAGGAGACAGUGCGGCGGCCUUUUCCAGACCUGAUCCACGAUUCGCACGAGCUCAAGAUGGGUACUCGGACGCGUCUGGCUCGACAUUGGUAGGAGAAGCAUCACAAGUUCAGGUUCCACGGCCUUUGACGCCGAUGGGCCCGUCGCAGACUGGGAAACUCCUUCGGCACAGAUCCAUUAGCCGCAGGGUUUUGACACGGGUCAAGGAAGGCAUCUCGCAAAGAUCUCGAAGUUCGCAUACCAAGACUCAGGAUCCAGACGCGAGUCUGGUACGUCGCUUCUCGGGCAGGCGCAAGGAGAGUCUGGAAGAGCAAAGUCGGUCACGCAGCUUCGAAGUCAGCAGGGAUAGCUUCGAUGUCCAGGCCUAUGCUCGAAACCCAGAGCUGGAAAUGUCUACACCUGGACGUUCUUUUACUGAUUGCAGUGUUUCCACCGAUGAUUCGAAUAGAAGUGGCUUUCUCCACACGCCACCACAGGUCAGAUGCACACCUCCCGCGCAUACAAGACAGUACUCUGGUCGAUUGCUUACUCCGGAACCUGGGACCUAUUCGCCGUCUGCCGAACCGACUCCAAGGGCCUCGGCAAGAGACAUUCCAUCCUCUCUAGAAAGAGAGGGUAUUGUGCUAGUUACGGUGCCAUUUGUCGAUCUUUCUAUAUCACCGGAUCGAGAGUCCGUCGACGUUGGCCGCAGCCGUGACAUCUGGGUGGCAGUCGAGGGUACUGUGCGCACUCGAGUGGUAGAGAGUAAUAGUAUGCAGCCGCAAGAAGCACAGCUUCGGAAAAGCUCAAUGGACGCUAUCAUCAUCAUCGACCAGGAAGUACUUCAGAGUGCCCCGAAGUCGACCCACAAGAUCAUUGUUGAGCUUUGCUCCCGCUUGAACAUCGCCGGAGAUCGACUCGCAGUCCUUUGUGCGAAGGUCGAGCAUGUCGAUACCGGGACGACAAAGUGCGACUGUGAUGAGCUGCAUGCCCUCUGGACGCCGAGCUUGUCCAGGCUGUUUGAGAGGCUAAGCAUAGCGCCGUCGACUGUGGACACGAUCUUCGAAGAGGAAUGGGAGUCUCUCGCAGAUUCACUGCAAGCCCUGUCGACUAGAGGUCUUCGGAAAGAUCUCGUGCAGACUUUCGUCAUCUCCAAGACGCCGACUGCAAUUCUGCAGCUAGUCGACAGGCUGGUGCCAUGGCCUGUCCACACGUUCAAGAUCGGUCUAUCGUCUGAGCGGAGCGAAUUUCCGUCGGCAACUAUCAAACUUCACAACUGGGCCGUUGAGAUCCAUGACGACCAAGAAGAUAUCGUCGACCUUCUCGACAAUAUGAUCCGCGACCUUCGCCAUGGCUGCAGCAUGGGCGCCGUUCCAAGCCUUCGCCUCUGCUACAAACCACUGCAAGGUACAUCCAUCAUCGAAGUUCUCGGUCAGAAAGCGUUGAAGAACGUGCAACUUGGGCAACGAUGUACCAUGUUCCUCAAGGUUCGCAUUCCUCGUAUCGACACUUCCCGCGCAAGUUUGCCAAAAGACGACAUCGAUCAAGACUCUCUAUUCGCCGAGCUCGAGAGCAUCGUGGGCACGUUGGAAACGGAGUACCUUCAUGUUGAAGCUCGGUACCGGAACACGGUCCUGCCGAGCGACAACGUGCAAAUUACCCACCAACUCGUGCGUUGCGGAUGA